AUGGAGGACUCGGACGCGGCCGCGAAGCAGCUGGGCCUGGCCGAGGCGGCGGCGGUGGCGGCCGCGGCCGCGGUGGCGGCGGCGGCCGCGGCCGCGGCAGGAGACGAGGCGGAGGAGCCUGUGCUCAGGCGGGACGAGGACUCGGAGGAGGACGGGGACUCGGAGGCGGAGCGCGAGACGCGGCGGGUGACGGCCGUGGCGGUGAUGGCCGCCGAGCCCGGGCACAUGGACAUGGGCGCCGAGGCCCUGCCGGGACCCGACGAGGCCGCCGCGGCCGCCGCCUUCGCAGAGGUGACCACUGUGACGGUGGCCAACGUGGGCGCCUCCGCGGACAAUGUCUUCACCACGUCGGUGGCCAACGCGGCCUCACUCUCGGGACAUGUGCUGUCUGGCAGGACCGCCCUGCAGCUCGGGGACAGCCUGAACACCGAGAAGGCCACGCUGAUCGUCGUCCACACCGACGGGAGCAUCGUGGAGACCACCGGCCUCAAGGGCGCCGCGGCCCCGCUCACCCCGGGCCCGCAGUCCCCGCCCACCCCACUCGCCCCGGGCCAGGAGAAGGGGGGCACCAAGUACAACUGGGACCCCUCGGUGCACGACAGCGAGCUGCCCGUGCGCUGCCGCAACAUCAGCGGCGUCCUGUACAAGCGCCGACUGGGCUCAGGCGGCCGGGGCCGGUGCAUCAAGCAGGGCGAGAACUGGUACAGCCCCACGGAGUUCGAGGCCAUGGCCGGGCGGGCCAGCAGCAAGGACUGGAAGAGGAGCAUACGCUACGCAGGCCGCCCGCUGCAGUGCCUCAUCCAGGACGGCAUCCUGAACCCUCACGCGGCCUCCUGCACCUGCGCGGCCUGCUGUGACGACAUGACCCUGAGCGGCCCGGUGCGGCUCUUCGUCCCCUACAAGAGGCGCAAGAAGGAGAACGAGCUGCCUGCACCCCCCGUGAAGAAGGAGCCCCCCAAGAACAUCACGCUGCUCCCCGCUACAGCCGCCACCGCCUUCACCGUCACCCCCUCAGGACAGAUCACUACCUCGGGCGCCCUGACCUUUGACCGGGCGUCCACCGUGGAGGCCACCGCAGUCAUCUCUGAGAGUCCGGCCCAGGGCGAUGUCUUCGCAGGAGCCACAGUGCAGGAGGCAGGUGUGCAGCCCCCGUGCCGGGCCAGCGCCCCUGAGCCCCACUACCCCGGCUACCAGGACAGCUGCCCACUGGCUCCCUUCCCAGAGGCUGCGCUGCCCACCUCUCAUCCCAAGAUAGUGCUGACGUCCCUGCCGGCUCUGGCCAUCCCGCCCUCCACCCCCACCAAGGCCGUGCCCCCCGCGGUGGUCAGCGGGCUGGAGCUGUCGGAGCAGCGCAGCUGGCUGUACCUGGAGGAGAUGGUCAACUCCCUGCUGAGCACGGCGCAGCAGCUGAAGACGCUGCUCGAGCAGGCCAAGCAGGCCAGCUCCUACCGGGAGGCCGCCGCAGCCCAGGCCCGGGCGCAGGCCGACUCGGAGCGCAAGGAGCAGUCUUGUGUCAACUGCGGCCGCGAGGCCCUGAGCGAGUGCACCGGCUGCCACAAGGUCAACUACUGCUCCACCUUCUGCCAGCGCAAGGACUGGAAGGACCACCAGCACGUGUGUGGCCACGCGGCAGCCGUCACCGUCCAGGCCGACGAAGUCCACGUCGCCGAGAGUGUGAUCGAGAAGGUCACCGUGUGAGCCGCCGGCGCCACACGGGCUGCCAGUGGGCAGCGGAGGACCCACGAGGCCCGAGGACGUGGGGACCCCGCAGGAAGAAACUUGCUGGCCAAGUCGUCCACAGACUCCUAGAGACCUGGUCCCUGGGGCCCGGGCGCGGCCCCGACGGGCGCCCGUGCCGGCC